AAAAUUAAAAAACAAAAAAAAAAAAAGAAAAAAAACAAGAAAAGAAAAGAAAAAGACUCAUUUCCGGCAGGGUUUUUUGCCCGAAUCUAAAUGGAAAAAAAAGCUGCUAUUUAACACACACAGAUCGAAUCUAGCGGAUCGCUUUUUUCUUUUUCUCUUUUUUUCUAUUUCUAUUGGUCGAUAAUUGCAAUGGAAGUUUGAAUGAAGGCUUUUCUACAUAAAAUUGUUUUAGUUCAAUUCUUCCUAUCUACUCACAUAUUAGAGAAAAAUUGUUGUCAGACAAAACACGAUAUCGCGCAUAUAUAUCUAUGUAUAUACACAGCUAUUAUAUAUGGGCGUACAUUUGGGAAAUGGGAAAAUCCUUUGAAUCAAAAAUUCCUUACAUUUCCCAGCCAAUAUAUGAUCUUAAACAGAGCGGUGAUGUAAAAUUUGGACCGGGCACACGAUCAGCAUUAUUGGGAUUGCUUGGCGGCGCUUUACCGAAACUCACUUCGGAGCAGCAUGAAUUAGUUAGUAAAGCGAAAAAAUAUGCUAUGGAACAGAGCAUUAAAAUGGUUUUAAUGAAACAAACGCUUGCUCAUCAACAACAGCAAUUGGCUUCACAACGUACACAAGUACAAAGACAGCAGGCUUUGGCAUUAAUGUGCAGGGUUUAUGUGGGCAGCAUUUCAUUUGAAUUGAAAGAGGACACAAUUAGAGCGGCAUUUCUUCCUUUUGGACCAAUUAAAUCAAUUAAUAUGUCGUGGGAUCCUAUAACACAAAAACAUAAAGGAUUUGCUUUUGUCGAAUAUGAGAUUCCCGAAGGCGCUCAAUUAGCAUUAGAGCAAAUGAAUGGAGCAUUGAUGGGCGGUCGUAAUAUUAAGGUCGGCCGUCCAAGUAAUAUGCCACAAGCUCAGCAAGUUAUUGAUGAGAUCCAAGAAGAAGCGAAAAGUUUUAAUCGUAUCUACGUUGCGUCAAUACAUCCGGACCUAUCGGAGGAAGAUAUCAAGAGUGUUUUCGAAGCGUUUGGGCCAAUUUUGUAUUGCAAAUUAGCGCCAGGCACUUCUCUUCACACUCACAAGGGUUACGGUUUCAUUGAAUACGCUAAUAAACAAGCUAUGGAUGAAGCUAUUGCAAGCAUGAAUCUUUUCGAUUUGGGCGGACAAUUGUUGAGAGUUGGUCGCUCGAUAACUCCACCAAAUGCACUCGUUUGCCCAACCACAAAUUCAACAAUGCCAACUGCUGCUGCUGUGGCGGCGGCUGCCGCUACCGCAAAAAUACAGGCCUUAGAUGCUGUGGCUAGUAAUGCAGUUUUGGGUUUAUCAGCGACAACUCCAACUUUAGGUAUUUCUCCACUAGCAGCCGCAAAAGUGGCGGCAUUGCCAUUGGCCGCCGCCGCCAAUGCUUUACAUCCGAGCAUUACGUUACCAACGGCAGCUGGAGCCGCAUUCCUUCAGGCUGGCAUGUUUCAAACUCCGGGGCUCGCGUCUAAUCUACUGGCCGCUUCGACGCUUCAAACAGUUAAUACAACUGCAGCAUUAUCAGCGUCAAAAGCAAUACUUGGAACUGCUGUUAAUACCGCAGCAGCGAUUCCAUUGCUGGGUAAAAUUAACACGGGCACUACAGACGUCCUAACCAAUGUUACGAUAGCCGGACGAGCGGCCGCGAUCGCAGUACCUAAUAAUAAUAAUGUGACAACUACACCGUCAGCGGCAACUACAGUGGCAGUAGCACAGGCCGAACAAAUUAAGAAAGCUCACGAAAAGCAACAGGAGGAAUUGCAAAAGAAAUUAUUGGAAGAAGGUGAAACGCAGACAUUACAGCAACAAGAAAAUAUGUCAAUUAAGGGACAAAGCGCCAGACAAUUUGUUAUGCAACGUUUGAUGAGGCCACAGGAAUCGCGCGUUAUAAUCUUGCGUAAUAUGGUUGGACCUGAAGAUGUUGAUGAGACACUGCAAGAAGAAAUUCAAGAAGAGUGCACCAAGUUCGGUACCGUUAGCCGAGUAAUAAUAUUUAAUGAGAAACAAACUGAAAACGAAGAUGACGAUGAAGCCGAAAUUAUUGUUAAAAUCUUUGUAGAAUUUUCUUCAUCUGCCGAAGCUGUUCGCGGCAAAGAAGCGCUAAACGGUCGCUUCUUUGGCGGUCGGCGAGUACACGCUGAAUUAUAUGAUCAAUCACUGUUCGAUCAUGGUGAUUUAUCUGGUUAA